ACUGUUUUCGUCCUGUAUCCACUCUGUCGCGGUGUCAUUUUCUUGCCAGUAGUAGGUUAGGUUUUUAUGUUAAUCGAUACUUCACAUGAAUAUCCGAGCAAUUUGCCAAAGAUGCAUACAGUUAAAUAAAAGUCGGAAUUAUCUGUGAUGAUAUUGAACCGAGACGUCGUGCGUGAGGUAAUAAAGCUCGCGUCGAACCCGAAAAAAAUGUAUCAUUAUAUCUGGUCCCUGGUAUACUGGUACUUUCGCCCUUUGAUUAAAUGGUUUCUACACCGGACGACUCAAAUGUGUGAACUUCAACGAAUUUGCUAUGGAGAGCCGACAGGUGCCCGAAGAAUAAUUGCCGUCGAAGGUAGCCUUCGACAGUCAAGAAAUAUGGACAUAAAAUCUCUCGUCUCUCACUUGGACACUCUUAGCGACAGACGUGAAAUAACAAACAAAACUGAGCGUAGCAUACUUGAAGAAGCAAUCAGAACUGUAUUGGUGACUAAAAAAAUCAAUCCUAUAGCCCAUCCAGAUUUUGCAAGAUCUUUUGGCAAAUGUGUUGAGUUAAUUUGGGGAUACCGUCAACUGUGUGUUCAAGCUGAAGAAAUAAGAAAGACGCCCUAUGAUGCCGAUAAUUCUGAGCAUGAGAUGCUGCUUCUGAAGUUAUGGAACUUGUUGAUGCCUCAAGAAAGUCUUGAAGGCCGAGUCACCAAGCAAUGGAAAGAUAUAGGGUUUCAAGGUGAUGAUCCAAAGACUGACUUCCGCGGGAUGGGAGUUCUAGGACUAGAGAAUCUUGUUUAUUUCGCAGAGGAGUACCCCAGUGCAGCAAAACAUGUCUUGUCGCAUUCUUCGCACCCUCGUUAUGGCUACGCCUUUGCUAUCGUUGGAAUCAAUUUAACCAGUAUGGCAUUAAGGCUGUUGCGAGAUGGCUCAGCAAAAACUCACAUAUUUAAUGUCUCAAAAACGCUACCAACAAUACGAGUUUUCCACCAAUUCUAUUGCUAUCUUAUAUACGAAUUUGAUAGAUUCUGGAUAGAGUCAAAGCCUAGUAAUAUGAUGGAAUUUUCAUCCAUUCAAGAAAAAUUUGAAAAUAGCAUAAGAAUUGCCCUUAGCAAUCCAAAAACUAUCUUUAGGAUAAAUAUAUCGGUCGACAAUGUUUGAAAAGGCAAUCUAAUGAAAAUAAUUUUCUAAACUAGAUUGUUUUUUGGGAGAAGAUUCCUGGCUAAUUGAACGGACCAAGCCAUUUCAUAUGAUCUAUAUUGCACAGAUUCUCAUCUCAUGAUCAUUAGUGAAUUCGUAAUGCUUUUUCACACACGCUGGGCUAGGCUCAUUGAUAUUUCAUUUACCUGCAUUAAGUUUAAAUUUCUUUAAUACCUAUGACAAAAUCCUGAAUCUUGAUGUAAGACUUUUAUGCAUUAGGUCCACAAACAAAUUCGGUGCCUUCAUAUUCAGUUCAAUCUGGAGUUGUACUUGAUCAUAUCUUACAAAAGUCAGUGUGCAAGAAUUGUGAAUUAAUACUUGAAAAGUGAAAAUAGAUUUUUUUCAUACAGAAAUAGAAGUGUAAAUAACACCGAAUUUAUUUAUAGAUCUAAUAUUACUGAUAAACCAGCUGAUCCACAAGAUAAUGGUGAGGUACAAAGACGGCUGGAUGAAUUGUUGAGAUAAAUAUGUAAAUCCAUAUGGAUAAAAUGCAAUUAGGUGCUUGCCAACGCGAAAAUAUAUUUGCCUGCAUCUGCUGAUCAUUA